GAGCUCUAGCUAGCUUCCGUGUUUAGUAACGAUCGAAGGAAAAAGAAAAUAUGUGUGAAAAAUCCAGGAGGGAGAGAUUUAUUUCUUGAGACAACUGGUAGUUAUGUCAGUAGACGAGGAAAAGGGCCUUGUCGAAGUUCUCUAUGAUUAUUCCUACGAGGACGAUAAUGGCACGGUGACGAUAGUGACAGGGGAGCUCUAUACGCUUCUCGAGCAAACCAACACAGAAUGGUGGCAGGUUAAACGAAGUGACCGAGAGGAGACGACUUUUUACGUUCCAGCGCAGUACGUGCGGAUUAUAUCACAGGACGAUGCAGGCAUCUAUUGCAAUCAGGAUACGUUUGCCGUCGAGGAUGUGAACGAUAACGAUGGGAGGACCACGCCCCUUGACGACUUUCACAGGGAGUCCCCAAGGAUUGAUGUGUCAAAUGGGGAGAGGCCUGGAGUUCUCCCCCUAAAUACUUAUGAUGGGGGUAAUUCCGUGGAGGUGCAGUAUGCCAACCUGGACGAUUAUCGAAUGGAGGCAGGCCUUCCAAAACCAGUUGGUGAAACAAAACAGCAUGAACCAAUAGAAUAUGCUAACCUACCGCUGCCUGGAGAAGGAGAGAACUUUGUGCCUCCACUACCAGGAGAAGGGGACCCAGGACGUAGGCUGGUAGAAUAUCUCCCCUGGUAUAUCUACAAUGAACAUGGACCAGGAAGACCCUAUUAUAUUAAUGAAGACACAGGCGAAAGGGCUUUCAAACCCCCUAGGCAUAAAAAUCAGAAAAUUGCAGAGAAACUGUCGCCGACUUUACCGAAGGUGAACUUUGACCUGACAGGGAGCCUAACUUCACGGGAGUCAGAAUAUGAUGAGGUUAAGGAUGAUGGGAAGGUUUUCCACGUACACAAGAAGACAAAAGACAAGAAAUAUCAUAGAGCGUCCAGUUUAUAUGAGAGGAUUAGGAACGAGUCUGGGGAUGAGUUUUUCUGCCAUGUCAAAACAGGAGAGACAUUCUGGCAGCUGCCUUCUGAUCACAGUAUACGAGUUCAUAACGGCGAGACGGUGGACGAGAACCGGAACCGCCAAAUGAGUCAGUCGAUGAGGAUAUCGAAGGCAAAGUCACUGUGUGAGGGGAUUGACUUCAUGAAGGGAGCCAACAUGGCUGCCAAGUCUUCCACGCUGCCGCCAAGCUUCUCCUACACAAACAGUUUAUCGGCAAGUGACAUUCCUCAGUCCAGUGAGCCUCAGCCGGUGUCGCCCACCAUUAGGUUUGAUGCGGGCGAUACCCCACCAUCCAGCAAACCUAGGCCAUCCUCGCCUACCAUUAGGUUUGAUGAUCAGCUGACAGGAAUCCUGAACAAAGCCAAAAUAGCUGAGGUUGGCAAACGAGUCAAGAAGAACUGGAGCCAGUCGUACGUGGUGCUCCAUGGCUCCAACAUCAUCUUCUACAAGGACCAGAAGGCAGCAGUGCACCGACCUGGCUCCCCUCACGGCAAGCCCGAGUUCAUCGUCAGUCUGCUUGGCGCUAAGGUCAACUUUAGUCAAAACACGGAGGUCACAAGCAAGAAAAAUGUCAUCACGCUGACGGCUAACAGCAACACCCAGUUCCUGCUGCAGUGUGAUGAAGAAGCCACGGCCAGAAAUUGGUUUUUCCGUCUUAAGAUCGCAGCAGAUGACCUUCACGAUAAGAAUGAGAGGAAACCGGAGCAGAAACCGGAGCAGAAACCGGAGAGGAAACCUGAGCCAAGCCCCAUGGAAAAAAACAUUAUGAGAAGCCAGUCAGUGGAGGAGACACCAGGUGGCGCCUCGGAGAGGCACCCAUCUCUUAAUGCAACCUAUUUCCGUAUCCGGGACAAACUGCGCAGCCUCAUCACCCGGCGCCCCCUACAGGAAGAUUUGGUCAAACGAGGAAUUAUCAAAGACCGUGUGUUUGGGUCUGAUCUCCGAGAGCUGUGUGAGAGAGAGCAUAAUACUGUCCCGGCGUUUGUGACGAAGUGCAUCGCCGCUGUGGAACAGAAAGGUUUGGACCAUGAUGGAUUGUACCGAGUCAGCGGAAACCUGGCAGAGAUACAGAAGCUGAGAUUCAUUGUAGAUAAAGAGGAGACAUACAGUCUGGAUGAUGAGAGCUGUGAUAUUAACGUCCUGACGGGAGCGCUCAAACUUUUCUUUCGGGAACUUAAAGAACCACUGUUCCCCUUCAGCAUGUUUGAUCGAUUCACAACCGCCAUUAGGAAGGAGAAGAACUCCCAGAAGUUGCAGGCUUUCAAGGAACUUGUGUUGGAGCUACCUAAAUGCCACUACCACACUAUGAGGGCGUUGUUCAAACAUCUCACAAACGUCAUCGCUCACAGCAAGGAGAACAGAAUGCAGACACAGAACGUGGCCAUCGUGUUCGGUCCGACGUUGAUGUGGUCGGACGGCGAGGCGGGCGGCAUGGCCGUUAUGACCAUCAUACAGAGCAAAGUAGUAGAAUAUGUCCUGCUAGAGUAUGACCGACUGUUCCCUUAGCCAAUCACAGGACAGGUUACAAGACCUUCAGCCAAUCAGUGUCAAGGUAGUCAUGUGUCAUUAGUUUCAUGAAUUGCUGAAACUAGUUUUGAUGCUAGUAGUUUUGAUGGAGGCAGGUAGACGUCUGAAUCAGGUGAUUCACUUGAUGCUGCAGAUGGUGUAAAGGUUGUAGAGACAGCAGCUCUACAGAUUGCAUCAGCAUUUGUCUCUAGCAUGUCUUGUGAAUGGUGCAUGCAUGGUAUAGAAAAUAAAUCCAAGAUGUUUUUGUGAAAAUUCUUAGGCAGUUUGAAAAGGCAGUUUGAUGCUUAUUAGUUAAGUAGUUUGUGACAGUUUUGCGUGUUUCUUGGCCAAAGUAUUCUUUACUUUAGAAAUUGAUGAGUUCUUCCACGUUAAUUCGACAUUGUUGGAUUGAUGAUCUAACCCUGAAGAUGAGAUGAGUGAUAAAGUGAUUUAUACCAUAUCAGAGGAAGGGUGCACUACAAAUGUCAUAUUGUUUGACAAAUAUUUCUCUGACACAGCAUGUGUUAUUGUCAUGGUAUGCUGCAAGAAUUUUGUAUUAUUCAGCUGUUUUUGUCAGAUGUUUCUACGUGUUCUACUUCUACUCCCGGGUACCCAUUAUACAGAUGACUGCACAGGGAUGCUGUUACAUACGCGAGCCGUCAGGAUUCACUGAAGAAUGGAUGUAUCACGGUAUAUGUGAUGCAUGAUACAUGGGAUACUCUUGAUACAUGAUGGGAUGCGUUAUAUAUGUGAUACGUGAAAUGUAUCAGUGUUAGAAAUGUAGCACAGGUGGUGAGUUGCCUAUCACACUGAUUGUGAAGAUCCGGGGUAGAAUAGGCCUUCAGCAACCCAUGCUUGCCAUUAAAGGCGACUGAGCUUGUUAUACGAGGCAACAAACAGUAUCGGGUGGUCAGGCUUGCUGACUUGGUUGAUGCAUGUCAUCGUAUCCCAAUAGCGUGGAUCGAUGCUAAUGAUGUCAAUCACUGGACUGUCUGGCCCAGACUUGAUUAUUUACAGACUGCUGUCAUGUAGCUGAAAUAUUGCUGAGUGUGGCGUUACACAACAAACAAACAAACAAAAUCACAUUGAUUUUGAUAUAAUCAUGUAUGUCAGUGUAUGUCAUUGUAGAUCUUAUACAGAUACUGUACAGCACAGUCGGGUAGCCUAGUGGUUAAAGUAUUUGCUCUUCACGCCGAAGACCCGGGUUCGAUUCCCGACAUGGGUACAUAGAGUGAAGCCCAUUUCUGGUGUCCCCCGCUGUGAUAUUGCUGGAAUAUUGCUAAAAGUGGCGUAAAACCAUACUCACUCACUCACUCACUGUACAGCUCCGCCUUUGUGGACAGCUUGUUUACUGAGUUAACCCUAGCAUGUUUCUGUUGGUGGGUGCUUCCUCACAUGUUUCUUGGUUAUGGACAGACCUGGUACUAUCCGCCUGAUUGUUACGCUAUUCGUUUUGUAUAUACAUGUUAGUUGUUGAUUGUAAUGGUGGCCGGUGUGAUCUAAUCAUGUCGGCCAUGUUGAAGUGGUCACACACAUCACAACGAAGAUGACCCAUAGUUCACCCAUGGAAUUCUGGGAAAUUAGUGUCGGCAAUAAAUUAUUGAUGUUUGAACAUUCCAGAUAUUCUAGCCAGAUUACUUUGAUCAUAAUCAUGUAAACAUUCCAAAUUGAUAUAUUUAGUUUUGGACUACUGUAUGCAAACACCGGCAAGUUGUUUCCAAAGACCAGAACGAUUACUUUACUAACGGAGCAGCCUGUCUUGAAUUCUAUAAACUACCGUAUCGACGUAAUAAGCGCCCAGGGCGCUCUCAAAAUUAGAAAUAGGGGGCUCUUAUUAGAAUUAAAUUUGGCGAGAAAAAAAACAGUUGAAAGAUCGUAAAUUUUGUUGUUUGCCUGAAAUGAUACAAAAGAAAAGUCUGUGCGUAUUAUACACGACAGAUAUAUUUUCCAGAAUUUGAUUGCCCAUAAUUAAGGGUGCAUAUAACACACGAGUGCAUAUUAUACACAAAUAAAUAAGUCUUGUGUACAUGAAUCAAUUGGAAGGGUGCUAAUAGGGAUUGUUCACAUGCCAAUAUAUUAGCAAAUAUCCCAGUGGGAUACGGUAUAUGAAAUUUAAUAUACUCUUAGUUGAUUGGAAACAUGCUGAUAUUUGCACCUUUCUGCUUGAGUUAUUGUUUUAAUCUGUACAUAUUUACAUAUUAAUCAAGAAACAAAUACUAAGUUCAUCUGGUCUAAUGGCAGUUUUGAAUGCGGUUGUUUACAUAUUAUCAAGUGUUAUCAUUCCAUUAAAACAAUUUGACAUUUAAUCAGAUAUGUAAUGAAGAAUAUCAAUUUACAAAUGUAACCUGCUCAAAUGAACAUAUAUUUUAUUAAAGAGAAUCACAAUGUCCAUGUGAAAUAAUAUAAACCUGGAAAUAAUUGUUCGGAUAAUUGAUUUGAUGUAGACAUGGGUUGUUCUCCGACUGUGGAGGCUUCAGAUGCCAAACGUUUUGAGCCAUAUCUUGGCUGUUGAUUUACCCUAAUUGAUUGUACAUAGCUUUCGUAAAUCACUACGCAUGUAGGCGUUGAUCACAUAUAUAAUUGUGCAAUAUGCUAAGUUGACAAAUAUGGCAUUGCUAGGGUGGUGACAUUUCAGUCAGGUCAAGUUCCAACACACGCUUGUGAGCUAGGUUUCUAAACAGGGGCUGCUGAUAAAGUCUGAAGGACUGACCUCUUUCACCUGUAACAACUCGUCUGAGAUGACGUGUAUCAUGAUACCCGAGUACUGAGCAGGGGUGGCUCAGUUGUCAGAGUUAUGUCCCUUGGGCGCACCAGAAACCUAUCACUGUAGGUUCUAAUCCCUGUUCACCCCAAUUAUGUUUCUUGGUUUGUCAGCACCAUACCCGUGCUCGUGGGUUUCACCAAAAGUGGUUAAACGUCUGACACCUGCAUCACUUUGAGCUUUCCUCCUGCCUUAAGCUGACAAGCUUUGUUAUAACUGAAAUACUGUUCUUUAAGCUUUAAGCCCAACUCACUCACUCACUCACUGAUACCUUGAGUAACAAUCAGUGUCUAUGGCAGUCUUAUUAGACUCCGAUCUUUACUCUGAUACGCCACCUCUCUGCCUGAAGAUCUGACUGCCUCUACAUCCCUGACUGGAUAUGAUAGGGCACGGCUGGUACUUUCAAAUCAGCCAACGUUGAGGUCCUAAAUUUCCGUAAAAGCGAGGAAGCGAUUCAGUGCAGCAUAUCUAUCUUGCUGUAUCUGUUGUAGAUAUUUUUUAUACACCCUGUCAUUUCUGAGGACCAUUGUCCGUUCAGCCAAUAGGGUAGUAGUAUUGCUGUGCCCUUCCUGUACCAGAUCUAGGCUCUCAGAAUGCCUCUGUUCCCUAUACAACUUGGAUGUUCUUGCAAGGGACUAUUCGUAUUUUGUAGGGACUUUGCAUAGGUCUUCAGCAACCCAUGCUUGCUGUAAAAACGGCUAUGCUUGUCGUAAAAGGCGACUAACGGGAUCGGGUGGUCAGGCUCGCGGACUUGGUUGAUGCAUGUCAUCGUAUCCCAAUUGCGU